AUGUACUCCAAGUUCUGGCCUAAGGGGGGUCUCCCUGGUAUUCUGCACCACUACACUGAAUCCCUCGUAACCUUCGAAUACACCGCCAAUGCUGCUCGAAAGCCACACAGUCUCGUCUUCAUCGGCGGCCUCGGUGAUGGUCUCGCUACGACAUCCUACAUGGCUGAUUUGGUCCACGCCUUGCAACCAACACAAUGGUCAAUCUUCACCAUGAACCUCACAUCCUCUUAUCAGUCUUGGGGCCUCGGACAUCUUGACCGAGACACGAACGAAAUCGCCCAAUGUCUACAAUAUAUCAAGGAAUACAAGACGUCGAAGUUCGGUGACGGAAAAAUCGUCCUCAUGGGCCAUUCAACCGGAAGUCAGUGCGUCUUGCAUUAUUUAUACCGUCCAAAUCCCCACCUCAACACACCUGCCUUUGAUGAGAGUCUUGAAAACGUGCAACGCAUGCCGCUGGACGGCGCAAUUAUGCAAGCGCCCGUGUCCGACCGAGAGGCCAUCCAUUGGGUACUCUCCGAGGGGAUCGGAGGGAAAUCACCGAGCGAAGUGCGGGAGAUAUACGAGAAGGUGGAAGCCAUGGCGAAGGAAGCGAUCUGCUCUGACAGUUCCUUUGAUACAUUACUUCCCGUGUCCAUGACAUCCCAGAUUGGAUAUCCGGCCAAUACGCCGCUUAGCUGUCGGAGGUUUUUGAGUCUCGUCAGUCCGGACAGUCCGCAUCAACCCACAGAGGAUGAUCUGUUCAGUUCUGAUCUCAGCGAUGAGCAUUUGAAGAAGACAUUUGGGAUGAUUCGGCAGCAGGGGUUGUUGAAGCAUAAACUGAUGGUGCUGUUCUCCGGAGCUGAUCAGUCUGUCCCUGCGUGGAUUGAUAAGGAGAAGCUAAUGGCAAGGUGGAGGAAUGCUGCUAAUCAAGAUGGAGAAUGUCAGGUGUGGGACCCAGUACAUAGUGCGGUCGUACCAGGUGCCUCGCAUGCGCUCAGUAACGAUGAUCAAGCGGAGCCAAGGAAGUUCCUGGUCGAGAAGGUGAUGGGAUACUUGAAGGAAGUAUAA